AUGGUAAACAAUGGAGGCAAUGAUACAGUUAGGCCUAGUGCAGCUGGACAGCGAGCUUUGUACAAGGCUCUAGAACGGGCUGCAGACGCACAACGUCGACUUAAUGAAGCCAUUUCGUGCGUGUCAGCAGGUGCAGGUAAUAGUGCAACCAGUUCCAGUGAUAGUGAGGGUGAGGACGCAGCAAUUGGUGGAUGCACGGCUGUUGACAGACAAAGACGUUCCAAGGAUGGCGGCUGCAGAGAGCGUUCACAUCCUUAUCAUCACUUUAGUCGUAUGGGCCAUCAUGGCGCACAUGGAAAACGGGCAGCGAUGAGUGGAUUCCCAUCAGGUAGGCAUAUGAAGGGAUUUCCCGGUUUCGGUGCAUUUCCAGGUAUGAUGUCGCAUGGUAUGGGACCUCAUCCACAUUCACACCCUCACCCACACCCACACCCACACCCACCACAUCAUCAUCACCAUCAUGAUCACCAUGGCCAUGGCCAUGGUCAUUUUGGUGGCGCACAUCCAUUUGGCGGAUGGGCUGGUCGUAGAGGUGGAUUUGGACAUGGUUUUGGUCCGGCGAUGGGACCUUUUGGCAGCGGUAUUCAUCAGUUCGGCAUGAGGCAUGGUGGUGGACAUCGCCAGAGGGCGCACAGUUUUCCCGGUUUGUAA